AUGUCUGUCUCAUCUAGGUACAGCAUCGUCGAACCACAUCCAACAGUCACUCCAAGACAGCAAUACAUCACCACAGGGCGAGGAGGAGCAGGCAAUGCAAUCAAGGCACCAGCUGCUGUGACCCGAGGAUCUGAUGCUUCAGGACCAGCAGCCAGAGCAAGCAAUGCUUCUUUGAAUGUUUCACGUCGCAGCUUCAUCUCAGGACGAGGUGGUGCCGGCAACCAUAUUCGCGAAUCACCGCGAAUGUUCUCCUUCGACGAGGAACUCAACCAGCAGAUGCAGCAGUCCAAGCAUAUCGCUCCUGUCUACCAUGUCGGCCGAGGUGGAGCUGGAAACCUUCACCGAUCAUCUCCAUCCACCCCAACAUCUUAUGCUCUUCAAAGACGUGUUAGCAAGGACUCCUCAAGCUCAGCCUCAUCUACAGAGUCAGGUGCCGACAUCGCAACUCGCAAUUUGAAGAAGGGUUUCAAGAAAUUGGCUGGUGUGUUCUAA